AUGGUAGUCAAAGACAGCCAGCUCGUGCUGAAAAUUCGAGGUCCACCCAUCGGACAAAUCGUAAUUCGGUGCCAUGAAGACACCAUCGAAGUGAAAACCCACUUGAUUCACUAUUCUCAAGGCCGUAGAAAAGUUGAGAUUGUCCGCGAAGAAGUUUCACCGUGCAAUUGCUCUCUUAUUGAGAUGGUCAUCGCUGACAAAAUGGAAAAAUGUGCUCGUAGUUAUGGCUUUCAUUUCGAGACAAAAAGUGAUAAUGCCUGGUGUGUUGCAUCACAUCUGCUUGAAAAUGCAAGGGAUAUUUCAAUGAGAGUAAGUGUUUUUUCACUGUAGGCAUAAAACUUGUUUUUCAAUCAUCAUGACGAAUCCUUGUUCUGCGACGGUUCAUAUGCUAAAUGUAAAAUCCGGCUUACCAAUAUAACAAAACCAAAAAUAUGACUGGGUUAGAGUAGGAACCUUUCUUACCGCUUUCUAUGCUUACCUCAAGGAUUUAUGCAUUACACUGAAGAAACCUAAAAUUUGGUCGUCUUUUAAAUUAAGGAACUUCUCCUUUUUGCCUAAACCCCAUAGCAGGAUCAGAAGUUAUCUUUGGGCUGUCGUUAUAGUUUUUAAUUCGUUCUGAUCUUAGGAACACCAGCCGCUAGAAAUGCAGCUUAAAGCCGAACGUCCAGGCCGUAUUUCUCCCCUUCCAACCUUGCUUUCCAGAGAGUCGUUUCUUUCGGAAUCAUCAACACAAAAAACAGAUUCCUUGAGUAUUCCCUCAACAUGUGAUCUUAGUACUCAAACAGAGCUUAGUGACUCUCAUGAGUCUGAAGAUCUGGUGGAACCCACUUCAUCAUCCAGUGAAGUAAGUAUAUCAUCAUCAUUACCACAAUCGUCAUCGUCAUCAUCAUCUCCUACCUCAUCAUCAUCAUCCUCCUGUGAAGAAGGUACUGAUGAGGUCUCCAGAAGGUCAAGGUCAGAGCCGGCAGAGAAAGGUAAAUUAUCAGCGAGUUCCAUCUAUUCGUGUGGUUUCGAAUUGAAGAAACGAGAUAAAGAAGCUCCAAAACGUGCAAAAUCGGAGGAAGAAAGAUCUAGCAUGGCUUAUUUCAGUGUUUCAGAGUUCAACGAUAGUAGCAACGAUGCAGAGGAAGGACAGAUAAAUCAACCACCACUCGUUCCGCCAUUAACCUUGAGGGUUCAAACGGAAGGCAAAUUACGUGAGAGUAAAGAAAACCUGGAUAAGUGUAUUCAAACCGAUGUUUGGCUAGGGCAUUCUAUGGAUGAUGAAGUUGAUGGUGCAGUAAAAACUGCUUCGUGCGGUAGUUCUGCAAUCCAAAACUGUCAUCCUUGUUAUUCCUCAACUGGAUCUGCUGAACCACUUUUUCAAGGGGAAGGUGGUCUAUCCGACAACCUUCCACGAAUUACUGACCAGGUGGAGCGUCAUGGUGGUGCUGCUGCCUCAACCAGCUGGUGCAAUGAUGUUACGGAUGAAAACCGAAGAAAUAGAGAACGUAAAGUCGAUUCUAAGUCACUGAAGAUAUCUCAAGAGAGUAAAGACAAGAGUAAAGAGCAUCUAUCAGUAAAAAGUCACAACACAACGCCUGGGAAAUUUCUAGGCUUAAAAGAUGGAGGACAGGAUCCAUUUUUCUCUAACAGGAGCCAAGGUUACGAGAAUCUCGAAUCGGUUAUUAACUGGAACGACGCAAAGCCUGAGAGGGUUAAACCACGAGAUGACAUGCAAAACACCGUAGAUAAAAAAGAAUCAAAUUCCUUUGGUAUAAGGCCUUGCUUUCUUGCUCGCCACACAGAUGACAGUAGCAUUACCACUCCUAUCGAUGACAUAGAGAAUACAGCGGAAAACGCCAAUGGAGGGUCUUCCAACACCUUCUCAAGGCAUCAAGAGUCAUCUUUUUUCACUACUGAGCAAGGCUAUCAGGCUACUUACGCCUUUCAAGCACCCUUGUUUCAUUGUAAAAGUUCAAAGGUAUCUGCUAAAGCACAAGGUGCAAAUCCUCAUGGCCCCUUCGAUCCUAACCCUGUAGUUUGGGAUCUACCAGUGCCUGCUCGUCCUCUACUUUCUCUUCCUUGCAACGGAUCGGAGCACCUCCAUACCCUUUCCUGCGAUGACACGCGAAUUGUAGUGAUACCUCCGCAUGCUUUGAUCGAUGGUGACUCGCUGCUGGCGCAAACACCCCUUUUACCACAGCAGAGAAAAGUCAAGGAUCAACGUACCGAUCCUGAAGUACAACGGGAGAAAAACUCUGAUUUCAAAGUGAUGAAUGGAAAUCCUGCAUGUUUAUCUAAUACCAGUUCAAUUGCACAAGGUCUGAUCUCCCCAGAAAUGGAAAUCUCCGCUCUACCACAAGCAGCCAUGAACAGAAAUCUAACAUGGGAAACAAGAACAGAUGCAGAUCAGGACACUGCUAACCAAGGGCCACUGGGUGUCUUGAACGAAACUUCACCUCUCUCAAAUGAUGAUUCCUUAGCUGACCUAGAGCGACGAGUAGCCGAAACCUGUUCCUUUGUCCGAAAAAACUUGAAAAGAAAGGAAGAAAACGAAAAAGCAAUGAAGGAAAAGGAACGAAGAAGAAAAGAAGAGCGGGUCAGGAAAGAACAACAAGCACGUGAAAGAAGAGAAAGGGAGGCAAGUGAAACAAGACAAGCGGAACGCAGGAAUGACAGAGAAGAAGUCAGCAACCCGAUAAGUGGUGGAGAUGGAACACCUACGCAAACCUCCGCUGAUGUCGAGGGUCGACAAUGGCUCUGUGAACAUUAUAAGCGGCUCUGUCGCGUCAAGUUCCCAUGCUGCGGAAAGUUCUUUCCUUGUCAUCGUUGUCAUAACAAUUCUGGGUGUUCAAAUGAUAAUUCCAAAGCAAGAGAGGCGUGUUAUGUUGAGUGCUCGGUUUGUGGCCAUCAACAAGAGGUAUUUAGACAUAUCCUUUAUUCAAAAUUUCACAAAUCUGGAAAUAAAGAAGUUAUAUUCAGACUAUAUGCGAUUUGCUCUUAAUGCUUUCUUGUUUUUUAAGAUCAACCAGGACGCCCAAACCUGUGCCAGAUGUAAAACAAAGUUCUCGGCAUAUUUCUGUUCUAUGAGUAAACACUUCACGGGCACAGACAAAAAUCCAUAUCACUGCACAAAAUGUGGUAUCUGCCGGUAGGUGAAACGAUAUCCAUGGCAAAAUUGUUCGUUUUUCGUUUGUUGGAUGAUAUUCUUUUUUUUACAAAAGAGUAAGGGAGUAAUUGGUCUGCUUCAAUAUCAAGUGUUAUCGUAUGAAUGGAAAGAAAACUGUGGCGCUAGCCUAAGCACGAGAGCAACGCUUAAUAAGAGAGAGACAAGCCCUGAUCGAUACGCAUAUGAAACUUAACACCGCCAUUGUUUUCUCCUCCGUCUUUGCGAAAUCGUAUUCAAAAGAUAUAUCAAAUAUCAAUUUUUGCUUCCUCAUAGGCAUCAGGAUUUCAUUCUGUAGAUCGAAUCGAGUAGAAAUAUAGGGUUUUCACUUUGCUUAAGCAACUUAUUUUCUUUAUGAGUCAUGUUAAGUUUGCUCGAGUAUUUACCUGCGAAGUGAUGUUCCUGUUUUCGCUUCAGCAUCUUCAAAGACCGCUCCUUCCACUGCGAUGUGUGUAACGUCUGUCUGGACAAAAGGCUGGAAGGCAGACAUUCUUGUCGAGAAAAUUCAGGACAUGAUGAGUGCUGCAUCUGUUUGGAGGUAGUGACUUACUUUUCGCAUUAACACGGUGUUGCUGCAAUAUUUCCAGAGAAGGGGAUUUCUCUGUCUUGUUCGUUACAAAUCGUUUCUUGAUAUGAAAUAGGUUGUUGUUCAUCGUGGUAGUUGGAUGAUAUCAUAAGUUUGUUCUGUUGUCUCACCACAAGGUCACUUGAUGUAGAACGCAACGUUUCGAAUGCUUACUGCAAGUCUUCUUCAGAAAGCAGUCGAAACGUUGCGUUCUACAUCAAGUGACCUUGUCGUGAGACAACAGAACAAACUUAUAACAUCAAAUCGUUUCUUGUUUGUCGUGUCUACCUGUUAAAUGAUUGUCAGUGUUUGCGGAUUUCGUCAUCAGUUCUACUGCAUUAUUAAUAUUUUGUGUUCUCAUAGCGUUGUGAAACAUUAUGUUAUUUGUUGUGUCCUAUCUAUAAAUUUAGUUUUGUUGGUCAAUGUUUAUGCUCGGUUAAUAUAAAGCAACUACACAGUUUUCACUGCCGUUAUGUCUGGAUUCCAUGGGAUAAUGUCUCGUCGUAUCGUAUCCACAUUGGAAUGUUUUCCUUUCUGCUAUUGCAAGAGUAUGGAUUUCAAAAAACUGUCUAAAGACAUCCGUGACACUAGUUGCACACAAAAUCGGCCCUGCAAGAGGAAAUAUUGGCCAACAGCUUUUUCCCAUCUGCUUUAAUUAUAGUGAAAAGUGAAAUCUAGAAAAUGUAAUGUUUGAGAAACAAAUCCAGCAAGAUACUAAGAGAGCACUUGAGUUUUCUUUAGCAAGGUUCUGAGUACAAAAGAAAGCGUUUAAUGGAAUUAUUCGAAUAAGAAAUGAUUUUAAAAGUUAAACUGUUGGAUAAUACCUGUAAAUACUUUUACUUAAUGGACGUUUGGAACUUUUUUUUCAGGACGCAUUCAGCGGUUGUCAAAUUCUGCCAUGCUCACACAAGGUUCAUAGAGAGUGUGCCAUUGCAAUGAUACAGAAUGGCGUGUAA